GUCCAUUGUUGCUUGAAGGGGUGAGGGUGGGCGUGGCACCGCCACCUCCUCCAGGAGUGCUCCGGGGCGACCUUGCACAUUCAUCCUGCAGGAAUUCCGGUGCCAAGAUGAGCGCGGAGGAGAACCCGGCCAGCAAGCCCACCCCGGUGCAGGACGUGCAGGGGGACGGGCGCUGGAUGUCCCUGCACCAUCGAUUUGUGGCGGACAGCAAAGAUAAGGAACCCGAAGUCGUCUUCAUCGGAGACUCCUUGGUCCAGCUAAUGCACCAGUGCGAGAUCUGGCGAGAGCUCUUCUCUCCUCUGCAUGCACUUAACUUUGGCAUUGGUGGAGACAGCACCCAGCACGUGCUAUGGCGCCUGGAGAACGGGGAGCUUGAACACAUCCGGCCCAAGAUUGUAGUAGUUUGGGUGGGCACCAACAACCACGGACACACAGCCGAACAAGUGACAGGCGGCAUCAAGGCCAUCGUGCAACUGGUAAACCAGCGGCAGCCCCAGGCCCGAGUCGUAGUGCUGGGUCUGCUCCCACGGGGCCAGCACCCCAACCCACUUCGGGAGAAGAACCGACGGGUGAAUGAGCUGGUACGGGCAGCAUUGGCUGGCCAACCAAGGGCCCACUUCCUAGAUGCCGAUCCUGGCUUCGUGCACUCGGAUGGCACCAUAAGUCACCAUGACAUGUAUGAUUACCUGCACCUGAGCCGCCUGGGCUACACACCUGUCUGCAGGGCCCUGCACUCCCUGCUUCUGCGUCUGCUGGCCCAAGACCAAGGUCAGGGUGUCCUCUCGAUGGAGCCCACAUCAUGAGCAGCCUGCCUUCCCACACAUUAAAUUCUCAAUUCUCA